AUGGAUAAGAAUCGGAGAUUUAACUCCCAGAAAUCAACACGAGGGAGGAAUGGCAGAUUCAGCCAAGGCCAUCCGAGAGAAAAGGGAAAUAACGAUGUAAAAUAUAAAAAUAAAAUACUCUCGAGAGAGUUGAAGGAAAUUACACUGGAUGUUUUCUUCAAUUCUAGACUCUCACAGGAUCUGAACCUGCCAAGGCAACAAGUUGACCAACUGCUAGAUUUCAAACCAUCGCAUCACUUCAACUCGUACCUAAACUGCUGCAUAUGCUACGAAAACACACUCAUCUGCGCCGUAGGAAAGUGUGACCACAUCACCUGCUUGCUCUGCUCUCUAAAACUCUCGUUCUUCUACAAUACAACUACCAACCAAACAGAUAAUACCACGAAUAGUGUUUCAAAUACAACAAAUAAUGGUAGAAAUACAGCAAAUUCAAGUAGAAAUGGUUCAAAUGGUAGUUUGAGAGGAACGUACGAGUGUCCGUACUGUAAGCAGCAGAACGACUUUAUAUAUUUCUGCGUUAACCCGUUCUACGUCCACCUGGCAAAGAAUAAUAAGUUUUACUCAAGUAAUGAGACGCCAGCACUGACAAAGGCUGAGCUAACAGAGUUUAUAUACAUUUUAACAAAGUCACGGCGUUUGCCGGAACAAUGUUCAAAUUCGUCUACCAUAAAUAUAAUGCAGUUGUACAAAAUAUUUUUAAACACAAUAAAGAAUACAGUCGACAUGUUAUCAUUUAAUGGACUAUCGACAUCUUUGUACGGUUUAGGCGUUUCAGGUUCGAGGCCUGAUUUGCCUGAUCUCAUCAGUAAAAUUAGCGAUAACUUCACAUUCCACGAUGAUUUCGUGAUACUUUCGGACCAGAGAAUGUUCUUUGAGUCUGCAGGGAUUUAUUAUUUAUACAAGGUAAUAUUGUCGCCACUGUGUUGGUUCCCAGAGUGCAAAGAGCAGUGGUAUUUGGACAACGUUACCAAAAGUAACUUGGUGGAAGCAUUGAAGGGGCUCUCAAGGCAUAAAUACGCGUCGUACAAGGUGUUAAAUAAGCACAUUAAGGCAUCACAUACAAUGGUAUUUUGCGAUAUUUGUCUCUCCUACUUCGCGAACAAGAAAUUUGUUUGUGAGUUCACGCUUUACAACACAGCCAAAAUUGGCGACCAUGUAAAGUACGGAGAUGUUAAUUCUUACCCGCCAAUCAACCCACACGUGUGCUGCCCAGCGUGUAAAACAUAUCACUGGGAUAUGACAGCAUUUAAGCAGCACGCAAAGGACGAACACUUCAUCUGUGAACUGUGUGACUCAUACGACGACUCCUACUGCGUGUUCUCAGACUACAAUUCACUAUUUAACCAUUUUAAGACAUACCACUACCCAUGCGAAGAGGAGGAGUGUAUGUUUAUAGUUUUUUCAGACGAUAUACAGCUACAGUUACACUAUUUGUAUAAGCACCCAGGGGUUGCAAGAGUAACCAAGGGAAAUAAAAAACCAAUACAUAUUAAUAACAGAGCCAACACAGCUACAAACAGGAGUUCAUCAUGUGCAUAUUACGCAAUGGAUGAUAAUUUAACAUAUGAUACAUGGGACGGGUCAAUUAACAUUUGCGACAAACACGAUAAUUCGUUGGAAAAUGUCGAUACAAUUAGAGUAAAUGAGGUUAAAUCUGACCCACUAGAUGGACUUGAGGACACAAAGUUAUACAGCUAUAUCUCACCAUUGGAUGGAGAUGUUGAUUUAAAAGAGGAUAGAAAAAGGUUAGACAAGUUUUUAAAGGGUUUAAAGGGGAGUAGGCACUUACCAGUGAGUUCAGAGUACAUAAACAACUUUGAUGUAACAAAGUCGUCACACGUUUUUAAUGACCUGGAGACAGUUUUGACACAUUUUAGAAGGUUGGAUAUAAAACUUUUUGAUAUAACCAGUUACUUGACAGAGUUGCUGUCAGGUUGUUACAUUUCAAUAAUCAACUCUUUCACGAAACAUUACAACAAUAUAAUUAACAAUUCCGACUUGUCUGACGGAACUGUACUAUUCAACCUGGUCAAAAGCUAUUUGCUCAAGUUUGUCCUCUUCUUUUACACCAUACAUAUUAACAGGCCCAGAUCGGAUUCUGAUAAACUGUCAGUAAAAAUUGAUGUUCUUAAGUUGAGGGAACACAACCCUGAUGUAAAGUUGGGCGCCAAUGGCAUACUGUUUUUAAUUGCCGCCUUAAACUUCUCAAACAUAUCAAAUCGCAUCAUAGUAAAAGCAUCUCUAUCAUCAAUAAUUGAAGAUAUGAAAACAAUUUAUAAAGAGUCGCCCUCACCAAUGUCACUUUCUGAAGCUUUUAAUCUCAACAAUUCCCUAAACAGUUCAAGCGGAGGUGGCAACAUCUCAUCGAAUGCCCUGAACCCUAACGCAGACAUAAACGAGUACAUCGCAAAGAAGCCUAGGAGUAAUAACAUAGUGAAAAUUCCCAGGAAGGACUAUAUUGUGACCCUAAAGGGCAAAAAGAUGAAGAACAAGCCUCAAGUUGUUCACGAAGAACCAGUUGAUACCACGACCUCAAUAGAGGAGCCGAUAGUCGUUGAACCUGAUAACCCUACUCCAAUUAACAUCUCUGACGGACUAAUACAUCUGGAAGCUUUAGAAGCUGACAACGAAACUCUUUUUAUGAACCAUGUCGGAUCAUGCAACUUUUAUGGCCUAAUGUGUGAUAUGAUCGGUAGUCUGUUAAUUUCGAACAUGAAGAGGUACAAGGCCAAGUCAUUUGAUUACUCUCUGCGUGAGACUACAAAAUUGAAGAUUUUAGCCAUCGCAUUGUCUCAAAAGAGGUCACUUACCAACUUGGGUGAGUUCAUAAGCAUGAAGAAGCUGGAAUCUCUCCAGUCCCUUGAACCAGAGUUCCAUCGCCUAGUGAAAGAGUGCAAGAAGAGUGAUCUCCCAACCAUCGCUAAAGUUUGGAAUAAAAAGUGUACCAACAUACUCAAGAACACUCAGGUUGAGCACUUGGAGAUUCUCCACUUUUACCUGAAGGGUAACUCCGAUACUUGUAUGCCCCUCUGUAAUGACACUGAGUUCCCAAGUUUGACCAAGAACAAGAAUUCUCCUGAGUUCACUGGCACUAGGAACUAUGCCAGCGCCGCAGGUGUAGUGAAUAAGCCCAAGUUCAUGAACGACCUUGAGUUUCCAACUCUCAAGCAAACAGCUCAUCUUCACAAGAAAAAUAUACGCAAAUAA